UUCAGCCUUUCUCCUGAAGACGCGCUGCGAGAGUGUAAACUGACCGCGGUUCGAGCCGUGUGCGGAUUUAAGAAUGUGUUUCCUUCACUCCUGGAGAUAAAGAAAAAAAAAACCUGAGAGGAAACGUCUCCGGAGCACCGAGGUUUGGAAUUUAGCGGCGACAUGUGAAAUGUUGCUGCGUGGUUUGUCGGUAUUUCCAGGCGGCAACGGACAGACCCAGCCAGGCUAGCUGAGCUAACUAGCCGAGCCAACCUCCCCCCACCCCCGGCUAGCUGUCGUUAGCCUCUCCGGUGGCUGAGCGUGGCGUGGUGUCGACGCAGCAUUUAACACAGCUCUGCUUGUUUGUACGCGCCCGGUAAUAUCAUCCACAUACUGCCAGGUUUCAUACCAGAGUGCUGUUUCAAUGCAGAGACACAGGGGCGGCGGAGCAACUUAGCUAAUGGUAGCUAGCUGUUUGUGUACGCUGGACACCGCUGUAAGUGAGAGUGAGCUGUCCCUCCAACUAGCAGUAUCCAGUUCCAGAGACUCUUUUUGACAUCUAGUCCGCUCAUAUUAAGCAGCCUGAGGUAAAACGACUCUGAAAUGCAGCGCUGAUGCAUGCUAACUGUUAGCUAGUAGCUCACGUCGCACUACGCCGGUCAUAUUGUUUUGGCUGACAUGGCAGCCAGCGGAUACUCUGACCUGAGGGAGAAGCUGAAAUCCAUGACUCCACACAGAGAGGAGGAAAAACAGAAAUACGUGGACGGGACGAGUAACGGCAGCGGUAAAGGUCGGAAGCGCAAGUAUCGAGAGUCCGACGACGAGGAGUUUGAUUACAGCGAUGACAACGCGGAGCUCCGGGAGCAGGAGGCCCACCGGGUGAGGAGCAGCAUCCUGCAGAAGAACAUCUUCACCCCGGAGGAGUGCGCCCUCAUCGAGGAGAAGAUCGACGACGUUGUCGCUCAAGGAGAUGCUGGACUUUACCGUGAGCACACCGUGGACAGAGCACCCCUCCGCAAUAAGUACUUCUUCGGGGAGGGGUACACGUAUGGAUCCCAGCUGGAGAAGCGUGGGCCGGGUCAGGAGAGGCUGUACCGCAAAGGAGAGGUGGAUGAGAUCCCAAGCUGGGUGCAUGAGCUGGUGAUCAAGCGUCUGGUGUCCAGUGGCGUGAUCCCGGAGGGUUUCGUCAACAGUGCAGUCAUCAAUGAUUACCAACCAGGUGGCUGCAUUGUUUCACAUGUAGAUCCCCUGCACAUCUUUGCACGACCCAUCGUCUCAGUGUCCUUCUUCAGCGACAGCGCUCUCUGCUUCGGCUGCCGCUUCCAGUUCAAGCCGAUCAGGGUGUCUGAGCCGGUGUUCGUCCUGCCUGUGAGGAGAGGGAGUGUCACAGUACUCAGUGGUUACGCUGCUGACGACAUCACCCACUGCAUCAGACCUCAGGACAUCAAGGAGCGGCGUGCAGUUAUCAUCCUUAGAAAGACCAGACCCGAUGCUCCUCGACUCGACUCUGGCAGCUCUUCUCCUGUAGAGAGACCCGUUCCACUGAAAGCUAAACGGUCACAUCGCAGAGCAGACCCUGAUGCUGCUCACAGGCCGAGAGUUCUAGAGAUGGACAAAGAGGAGAACAGACAUCCGUCAGUGUCGCGCCACCGUCGUCACAGCAUCAGCUCAGAGAACUACUGGAGACGUGGUCAAAACUCUGACAAACACCGGGAGAGUUCAGGACGCAAAGUCAAAAUGAGACGUCAUUGAACACUUCUGAGUCACACAUGUACACAUUUAAAUCUAUUUGCUCUUUUACAUAUUUCAAUAUUGUAACAUUCUUUGAUCAGCCAUCUUUUUCUCGCUCCAGUUUUAGUCUGGCACAAGGAGCACAGUCAUGUUGUCUGCGUUUUGAUUUGAGUCUGGAUCAGUUUGAGUGCAUAUUUGUUUCUGGCAGACAAAGCGGACGCCUCUGCUACGCAGUACAGAACCUUGAGUUAUUUACUACUGUUAGGCUCUGUUUGUUAAACUGUUUAAUUACCUUAAAUGAAACAUUUCUUGUUUCUAUGUCCAUAGAUUCUUCAAAAUGGCAUGUAUUUUUUGUAACUGAGAUGUACAGACCGCAAGAGCUAAAAGAGAGAUGUAUGUAUGGACUUGUACAAAGGAAAACCUGAGCUGUAAUCUAACUUGUUAUAAUGUACAAUACGUUUGUAUAGUCUUUGAUUGGGGGAACUUUUAUGCAGAAAGAAAGUUUUGUUUUUUCGCACCUACAUUUCUGAUCCCUACCGUUACGGUGCCAUCCCAGAUCGUUGCUGUUUGUUCACUUCAGCCUCCCUGUUGCAUUUUAAGUUGAAACAACUGGCAGAUGUGCAGCCUUGCUGUCUGUGCUAUGAUUUGAUUCAGCUGUGUGGCUCGUGGUGGCGAAGGGUCACAAUGUGAUGCAUUAACUAAACUGAAGCUUUAUGGAGUUGUUAAAAACUCAGGCCUUGUUUUACACUCCUGUUUCAGUCUGAAGUUGCUUUACCUUAUAUAGAGACAGAGGCUGUGUGAUUGCUGUUCUGUAUUAAAUCCAAUUUUUCCUCAUUUGGAUCGGUCAGAACUUAAUUCGAGCAACAACAACAUUAUUGUGUCUUGUUUAGCAAGCAUUUAAACAUGCAGGUGAGAGGAAUCUAAUUUCCUGGUGUUUUUGUCCUUGCGGUUUGCUGUGUAAAUACAGAUGAACUUGUUUCCUGCUCCCAGUCAGCUGUAUUUGGCAGAGGAACUGAUUAGCUCUCCGCUAGGUUAGUCUGGAGUUACACAUGAGCAAAAAUAACCUCCGUUCAAAGGAGAAAUUACUUUCUAAAAACAGAUUGUUUGUGGUUUUCUGAAGCUGUGCUGCGUUUGAGCAAAAGUGCAAAGUAAUGACCUGCAAGAAGCAAAAUACUGGAGCCCCUAAAAAGAAAGGGACACUAACUUUGUGGAGUCACGUGAAAUGGUGGUUUCAUUUAUGUUUCUGGCUACAAAGCACAGGCUGAGUAAAAUCAUUGGAGUCUCCACAGAGUUUCUCUGCCAUUCAUUCAAGUUUGAUCUCUAAAUCAGGCUGGUUGUUCAACAACCAGACCACAAAACAACAAGCUGGAGUGUGUCGUCUUCUGCCAGGAGCAGCAGUUACUCACUUUAUUGGCAUGUGUAACCCAUCCGUGGUGGAGUCGGGCUGUUACCCCCAUUAAAAUUCUAUCUUUUCUAUUAUUAGAAUAGCCUUGUCAUUGAUUACUGUUGAUUUAGGUUUCAGUUAAGUGAUGAUUUUCACUCAAGAUGAGAAGUUUGGACCUUUGCUAUUAAGUUUCUGUAUUCCCCUAAUCUUUCCAUCAUUUGUAUAUUACGCUUCCACAAUAUUUCCUUAAAGAUAUUUAUAAUUCAAUAAAGAAAACAUAGAAAAUGUA